CGAACGCUCGCCUGCGUGCUCUCGGCUGCCUGCUGCUGGGUAGCUAGGUUAGCUCAAAGCUAUCUGAUAGAUCGACACGAUGAUCGAUGAAGGGGACGACGACCUGGACGAACUGCUCGAUGAAGUGGAGGAAAAGUUUUGUCGUAACGUCGCCGUCACUUCGCGGGCUCUGGUGACGUCGAGUGAGGCUGGGAAAAAAGACGAAGACGGUCGGAGAAAACAAAGCACCACAAAACCUGCACAGCCCAUAAGCAGCAUCUCUGAAGAUAUCGACGCUCUUCUGGAGGACUUACUGGAGGACGACUUCCCUGAUCGUCCUCAACAAAAGACUGACCAGUUUCCUAAAGCGACACAAGAGGAGAAGAAAGCAUCCUCACAGGGCGGAGGGAGGAAGUGCUGUCCUGUUUUUGUUGGCGGGAGUUCUGCACCAAAUGGUGUCGGAACAGCGACGUCGAAGAGGUGUUGUGACCAGCUGAGAUGUACCUCCUGUGACUUCCGGGUGCUGAUGUUUGACGACUGUGAGUGGGACUCGUCCUGUGAUUACCUUUUCCUCAGAAACAACAUGCCGGACCGUCACAAGCUCCGAGCCAAGCUGAAGAGGAGGAGAGGUUUCCGGGCGUACGCCUGUCAGUGCAGCUGGAUGUCCACGUCAGAGCCGACAGACCUCAGAGACCGAGAUCAGCUCAGAUGGGUCUGUGGAAAACACCAGGACUGAAGAACACAAACACUCACUGAGACGAUACAGUCAGACACACUUCUACUUUCCAUUCCUCUCUCUCUCUCUCUCUCUCU